CACACACACAGCUACAGGCUCACAACAGAGCCAGAUCACUGAGUGUCUGUCUGCAGCAGAGGCGCUCCGGCAGCUCAGAUCUGCUCGGAAGCCAAACAUUAGAAACGGAUUUCGGACUUUUUAUUUGGUUUUACGCGAAACUUUCGCCUUCCUUCUUCGCCUCAGCUCUCUCCUCCGCCUGCUGUGGAUUUCUACCAACCAUCUUCUGCUAUCGGAGAGCCGCCAGAGCUCGUUCCGGGAUCGGUUCCGCUGUCACCGGGCUGCUGCAGUUGUCAUUCUACCCACACUGAAGUGGCAGAUUGUGGACCUGAUGAUUCGGACUAGAGGACAAACGGCUCCACAGGGAUGGCGCCAUAAGGACACUUCCUGUCAAGACUUCUGUUAACAGCUCAAACAGGUCGGGGGGAACCAGCAGGCAUUUUGAAGAACAUUGAAAACCUUUUGAAACUACAGAGGAGUUCUGCGAGCAUCGUUCCAGAAAGAAAAGCUGAUCACUGAAGGAUUCUGCUGUGAUUGGGAACGAAGAGCAAUGCACAACAAAGUUGUUGAUAAAACAGUAUGUGAAAAGAUAGCGUGCAUCUCCGAUGUUAUCUAUGAAAACUCACCCUCCAGAUUCCUGUUUUGACUCGGACUCUCCAAUCAGUCUUGUUCAGAGAUGGAUGCGCCCUUUUCUAUUCGUUUAAAUGUGUUAGCAACCCUAACAUGCUAGGUUGCUCUGGGACCUUUUAAACCCUUCAGUACUUUACCUCUUACUACCCAAAAGUCCCUCCUGUGCUCUCUUUAUAAACUGUGGAGGAGAUCCACGAAGAUGGAGGCUCGGCAAGCAGCUGCCCAUGGGCAAAAAUGCUUGACCAAGGAAAUAGUGAAGGAGAAGGCACCUCUGGAAAGAAAGUGGGCAUCUGAGCCAACUGCAAACACCAAACAAAGCACUUUUACUGAUCCCGAGGUUAAACAUCGAGAGAGUUUACCAUGCGGUGCAAUAGGAGGAUCAGCACCCCAUCGAAAGUAUGGGAUACCGGGAAAUUCUGCAAAGCUGCUCUCUGGAUCUUCUGCAGUUGGGGCAAUAGGGGGUCCACCGUCCCAAGACCCCCACGGACCUUUCGCACAAGGUUUUCAAAGAGGAUACUUCCAUCUGGCCCAGCCCUACCCUCAACAUCCCCAAACUGAACGCUUCGUCUCAGGAGCUAAACCACAGCCCGGACUAGAGCCUCAUGCCUGGCCAUUUGUUGGCCAGUUGCCCUCGGAUGACUUAUACCCUGUAGGACACCCAGGUCAUACUCACCCACAUGGGGGAGGGAGGUUUCCCAGGCAAAAAUCUCCCAGUUUACCAAGCUCAUUUGGACAGUACCAUUCAGGCUCUGAGCCUGGGGAGGAGGGCUAUGGCAAAAAAGAGCAAAAGCCAAAAAAGCCCGGGAAGUACCUCUGCCCUUACUGUAACAGAGCAUGUGCCAAACCCAGUGUCCUGAAGAAGCACAUUCGCUCGCAUACUGGAGAGAGGCCAUAUCCUUGCAUACCUUGUGGCUUUUCCUUUAAAACCAAAAGCAACCUUUACAAGCAUCGCAAGUCUCAUGCUCAUGCCAUUAAAGCUGGACUUGUACCAUUUUCAUCUGAGCCAUCAGUGGCCCCAAGUGGGGAUGUUGAUCAGGCAUCCCCAGCUGGUGAGGCAGAGGUCCCCUCAGAUGGAGAGCAAAGUACAGACACAGAUGAGGAAGGUGUUGAGACCUCCACGAUGUUGACAGAUAAAGACAGUCCCAUCCCACAGAUCUCCUUUGAAGCAGACAAGAAUGCAGGUAGUACGGAACCAGCAUAUGCAGACUCAGCUGAGGAGCUCCCCAUUGGAUCAAUGAAAGUGCCUAUCCUUAUUUUUCCCAAGUCUGGGGGAGUCCCUCCAACUGGGAUGGAGUGUCCUCCGUUUCAUGACAUAAAAGGCUCUCAUCGCAUGUUGGGGUCACAGGCAGGUGGAAGAGCACGUUCACUAGAUGAUUCCCCCAAUGCCAAACAGCGAUUGGCCCUGAGGUUGAUUGAUAAGGAAGGGCAGAACUCAGAUCCUGGCAUGUCCCAAUCCCUUAACCUCCUCAGUCCUCAUAGCAAAGGCAGCACAGACUCAGGCUAUUUUUCACCCUUUGACAGUGCUGAGCUGCAAAUAAGCACUCCAAAUACUAAUGUCAAGACAUAUGAAGAGAUAAUGUUUGGUCGGACUUGGUACAACCGACCCAACUCCAGGUCGAGGCAGCCAAUCACAGUAAAUUUAGUAGGGGUAGACCCCAAUAGCUUGACAAACGUAAAGCAGCCAGGGACUAUUGUAGACAUGGGGAAGAUAGUGGAGGAUCCUGUUUCCUUCACGAGAAACCUUGCAAUCUGCAGAGAAGCCAAGCAGUAUCCAACUGGCCCCUGUCAAAGCAGUACAGGACUUUUGGAGCCACCAUCAGAUGCUGGGACUCUCAUUAGGAGUAACUCUAUGCCAACUCCAUCUCCUGCCAACCUCAGUGCUCCUCAGGGAAUUCGAGGCAGCGUCUCCUUUGAUAACAUGGUGGCGCCAGAUGACGUCUUCUACCCACCAGGUCAUCCCAGACUCAAACGUCAGGGUGCAUUUGAACAAUCAGGUAAUGAAGCCCACAUAGGAGAGACUGAGGGAUAUGGGCACAUGGCCAAAAACUUUGUCUCAUCUCUUGGUAUGAAGAUGAGUGAGCGCAGCCCAGGAGUCCCAGAGAACAUACCUUAUAGCCCAUAUGGUACUAAUGUCAGCAUGUCAGAAAUAGCCACGAGAAAAAGACGGAAAGAGAAGAGUGUUGGCGAUGAUGAGGACAGUCCUGGGCACUGUGAUAGUAGCUGUAGUGGCUCAGUUGAGAUUAUGGGGGACUAUGAGUUUAAACAAGGUAGUGUUGAUGUGGCAAGAGUCACACCAACAGGAAAAGGCUCUCUUCAUAGUGUUCAUAGCCAAUCAGACAGCUUUGAUACAUGUGCCAGCAUGUGCUCUGAGGACAUCACGCUAGUUCCUGACUUGGAAUGCAGGAAGGCAACCCGGGGUUCAGUUAUCCAGCAUACUGGCAUAGUUUCCCGUCCAAAUUCUUUUGAGAAGUCCGAGUCAUUUGAGCAAACAGGAUACCAGCCCAUAGAUAAAGCCCCAUCUAGUCAGUACUCAGAGCAGUCUGACACUGACAUCUUUGAAGAUGCUUUGAGUCCUGAAUCUGCUCUCCUGAAGACUGACAGCAUGGAGCAGCAAAGUUCCUGUGAGCUUGCCCCGCUUUCAUCUUCUGCAGCCUCACCCGGCCAACCAUUUCCCAACUCACACAGAUUGGUGCGACAACCUAACAUCCAAGUCCCUGAGAUCAGGGUAACAGAGGAGCCAGACAAGCCGGAGAAGGAUAACGAAGCUCCAGCCACCAAGGAACCCGAGAGGCAGCAGCAGCACGUUGAGGAGUUCCAGCUGCCCCAGAGGAGUGACACUCUGUCUCAGAUGCCAACAGAAAAGCUGCCCCCCAAGAAGAAGAGGCUGCGUCUUGCAGAUAUGGAACACUCAUCUGGGGAGUCAAGCUUCGAGUCGACCUGCACCAGCCUUUCUCGAAGUCCCAGUCAAGAGAGUAAUCUAUCCCACUCGUCCUCUCUUUCCAUGUCCUUUGACAGAGAUGAGGGUCCCAAGUCUGUCUCACCAACCAAACAGGACGAUUCCAUGACCUCUGGUGGUGGAGGAAAGCAGUCAGAGUUUCUGACUGUGCCUGGUAGUGGCUAUUCCAGCCACCAUCAACAGAGGGAGAUGAGGAGAUCUUCAUCUGAGCAGGCACCAUGCACGCUGCCCACAGAGCUACCUGAAAUGCGAAGCAAAUCUUUUGAUUAUGGAAACUUACCUUCCUCAAGACAGGGUGAGCUGUACACCAGUGCAUCUGCAAUGAAGGAACGUCGGCGUGGAUAUCUGGUUCGACAGGCUUCGCUUAGUGUUUAUCCAGAGACCGUCCUCCAGGAAGCAGGUGGACCUGAAAUUUCAAUCAAACAGGAGAAUCUGGAGCAUGGGAUAUGGUCUAGCCCAACAGGCUCUCCACACAGCAGCAUUGAUAUGCCCAGCAGAACCAAGCGAGCUGGCAGCAGCACUGGAGGAUCCCACCAACAGUACCACCAGCACAGCCUCCAGCAGAGUAUCAGUGAGGACAGCCUACAAGAUGAACCAAUCUAUGGACGGUCUCAGCAGCAUCGCCUCCAGGCCCAGAGCUCCUCAUCUGAAGGAGAACAAACAGCGCUUGAGGCACUAAGCAAGGAUUUACCCCACCAGUAUCAGAGUGCUGCCCCCUUCAUUUCCAUCUCACAACCAGGUCUGUUCUGGUGUCAGGAGUCCGAACAGCGGCAGCAGCAGACCCUCCAGGCUCAACAGCAACUCUUGAAACUUCACAUCAGAUCCCAAGGCAGCCUGCCUGGACAUCCAGCGCACAAGCAGCAAAUCCACGAUUCACAGACGUCUGAUGGAAAACCAGAAGGCUCACAGGUUUACUCUUCUUCUAUCUCAGCUCGAAACUCCCCUUUGUUGCAACAGCAGCAGAACUUAGGGUUGCUCUCCUCCAAGCUCUCCCUGCCCAGUUCUACCCCCUCCCUGCUUCUGCAACAGGUCCAGCCGGUGUUUGCCACUCAGAACCUUGGAUCCCAGGCUUCCCUGCCUGGCUUAGUGGUUCCUGUGAGGAUCCAGACCAAUGUGCCAUCAUUCGGUACUGCUAUGUACACUAGUGUUAGCCAGCUGAUGGUUUCCUAUGGUUCUGGAGUGCAGGCGCUGGACUCAGAUGGUGGUGGUACCACUAAUAUGUCCCCUCCACUUGUGAACAUUGGAAAACCAGUGGGAGGAGUGGGAGGAGGGAUAAGUGGAGCUGGAUUUAACUUGUCCCUCCUCCUGGGGCAGGUUGAUGUUGCAGGGCUGCGGUACCCACUGCCGGAGCAACAGGUGAUCACGGGGAUCCCACUGUCACUGACAUCAGGGACUGUGUCCACUACAGACGCCUCAGCAUCCAACAUGGUGGCCAGCAAACGCAUGCUUUCCCCGACCAGCUCACUGGAGCGCUUCAUUGAGACGAAGCAGCAGAAACGGGUGAAGGAAGAAAGAAUGUAUGGGCAGAUAGUCAAAGAGAUGAGUGCUGUGGAGCUGAGUGGAGCUGAACACACUUCCAAGUCUAAGAAGCAGGGAAGAAGUCUGAAGAGUGAAGACUCUGUCGAUGAUUUUGAAAGGAUGUCUUCCUCUCCUCCUCUUAGUGACUUGCCUGUUGCUGCCAAGAUCGCCAUUCCCGUCCGAUCUCCAGCCCUACACCUCUCAGACGUUCCCCAUGUUGAAAGCUUUACCCCACCUCUUCAAAUCAUCACAGAUCGGCCCUCGUUUUCAGGUGGCCGAGACUCCCCGGAGGAGCUCGAUGUGGACGAAGUGCCACCACAGUCCAACUCCAGCCCAGAGCCCAUGCUCUCCUCUAAUGAGGGUGAAGAUACUGAGAAGCAACCGACAAUGGUGAAGCUUUUGGGAGAAACGGGAGCUCAGCAGCUUUUUCAGUUCCCGAGUCUGCGCACCAUGAGCCGGGUCAGCUGGUGUUUCAGAAACUACACCAAACCCAACAGCACCCCAGCAGCUGCACAUAGCUCCGUCUACAGCUCAUGGUGCAUCAGCUCGUACAAUCCGAACCCCCUGCAGCUCAGCACAAAGGCUGCGCUGGCUUUGCUCAGGUCCAAACAGAGGACAAACACUGAUCUGAUGUACACUAUAGCUGCCAUGUCCCCGCCCAGCUCUGGAAAGCUGGUGUCAUCCGUGGCCUGGAAGCUGAGGUUUGAUCAGCUGAAGCCAGAGCUGAUGCCAAUUGAUGUGAGUCAUUUUGGGAGGAAGAUGAAGGGCGUUGUGUCGUGGGACCGUUCAAAGGAAGAGCAGAUAGAGAAGGAGGUCUCCGUCAAACAGCCUGCCGCCGAACCGGCCCGCAUCAAGAUCUUCGAAGGCGGGUAUAAAUCCAACGAGGAAUAUGUUUACGUUCGAGGUCGUGGCCGAGGAAAGUACAUCUGUGAGGAAUGCGGCAUCCGCUGCAAGAAGCCCAGCAUGCUGAAGAAACACAUCCGAACGCACACCGAUGUCCGGCCGUACGUCUGCAAGUUCUGCAACUUUGCAUUCAAGACUAAAGGAAAUCUGACGAAGCACAUGAAGUCCAAGGCUCAUAUGAAAAAGUGUUUGGAGUUGGGAGUCUCCAUGUCGUCGGUCGAAGACACAGAGGCAGACGAAGCAGAAGUUGGAGAAGAAGGCCAGAGAUCCUCAGAGAAGAUGUCCAGAGGCUCUGUGGCAGAACACCAGUUUUCAGACGCCGAUGAGUCAGAGGGCGGCGAGGAGGACGGUGACGAGGUGGAUGACGAGGAUGAAGAUGAGGACGACUACGAUGGCGACUCCACCCCGAAGACUCGUUCGCGCUCCACCAGCCCGCAGCCUUAUGCCCUGCCCUCAAUGUCUAUUACAGCUGUGGCGGACACCCACGGUGCUUCUCACCUUUCCCACCAGGGGGCGCCCGACCUCCUGGGGCAGUACAGCAGGCCUCCUCUGUUUGGAUACUUCACUACUGUGCCGAGCAUCCAGAUCACACCGCAGGCUCUGCCCACAGAGUGCAAUCGGGCAGAGCAUCAUCGAGGUCCAGAACGGAACAAACUCCUGGCUCCACCCUCUUCCUCCUUCAUGGACGAGGACCUCCCCAUCCCCUCUCCAGAUCUCUCCUCCCGCCUCUCUUCCCCAGGGUUGGAAGCGUCCAGCUGCCCAUCCCCCAGCUCCGCGUCUUCUUCCCCCUCAGCAUGCCAUUACCUCUCCGCUCACCGUGACCUCUCCCCCCGUGCUGAACAUCUCUCACCCCGACGGGACAUCUCCCCCCUGCGUCACAUCUCCCCCAAAAGGGACUUGGGAGUUGGGGGAUACCGCCGAGACCUCUCCCCGAGGCGGGGGCACCUCUCUGUGCUCUCUCCACUCUCACGGCCAACUUCCCCAGGAGGCAGGGACUUGAAGCGAGAUCUUUCACCACGAGGACGCCACAAAGGGAUGAUCCGGCCUCUGUCUCCUCGCCGAGGCCUCUACCACCAAAGCGGCGCCCGGGGAGCGAGGACCAAUCAUCAGAUGGGGGUGUUGGCUCAGGGAGAUUUCCCUCUGGGGCGACGCAGCGCCAGUGCAGAGAUGGAAACGGAUCUUCGUCCUGGUUCUUCAUCACCAUCUGAACGGGACCAAGGAUCCACUCGGUGUUACCAGUCCGGCCCACCUCACCAGGUUCUGUUCAGUCAUCUUCCAACCCAUUCACAAGUCGGGGUGCGUUCGCCUUUCCCGAUGAUCCCCAUUGGAGGAAUUCAGAUGGUACACUCAAUCCCCACAAGCUCCACCAGCCCACUGGCCCAGCAGGGGGCGCCCACAGCAGCCUCCCAGCUGUUCCUGCAGCAGAGCACAUCGGAGGACUCGGUUAGCAGCGAGGUCGCCUCCGUCACAGAGGGGGGAAGACAAGGAGGAGAGAAGGUACUGGGAGGGGGAGUCAGACAGGAGCAGGAGGAGAGCAUCCACACCUGCACCAAAGCCAUCGCCUCGCUCUGCCUCGAUCCUGAGUGUGUGGAGCGAGGAAUGGGAGGAGGCAGAUCACCUUCAUCCUCUUCAGCAUUGUCUCCCGACUCCCAACAACAGCAGCGCUGUACAUCUGCACCACCGACCUCUCGUCCCUCCCCGUCUCCUCCUAUCGCUCCCGGUAUUCAGCACUUUAGCGGCCUUGAGCUCAGACCUCCCCCCCCAGUGAUUCCUGCGUCCCCUCACUCCUCCUCCUCUUCACCCUCUCCUCACCCUCCUAGCCCGGGAUCCGACUCCCUGCAGCCUCCAGGAGUAUUUAAAUCAGUGAUGGUGGAAAAAGAGCAGGAGACAAAAACCACAGGCAGGAAAAAGGACGCAUCGUAAAACGAUGGGGAGGAGUUUUAGUUUUCUAAAAACAGGAAGGGACAACGUGCAACACAGAGGGAAGAAAUAAUGACUUUUGCACACUUUACUUGAGCUGAAAUCUUCUCUCUUUGACUCAGAGUUUGACCUGCAGCACGCCGCCACAGACCUUUAUUAUUUAAAGACUUUACGGAGCAUACACCCGACCAAAACCUGCCCGUAAAACGGCUGAUUCAGCACGAAUAAAAGGACUUCUACGUGUGUGCCUUUUCUUUCAUCGUUCUGGUUUUUUGUUCUGAAUGCAAAAAGGUAAAUGUAAAUACAACAAUAUCACCUUCUUUUCUUUUGUUGCAUAUCAGCUUUGUAAUAAACGCAGGCUCCUCCAUUCCCCCUUCCUUUAUCUCCUGUUUGGAAUUUUUAGGACACCUUAAACAUGGAUGUGAAGUUAUGGAUAUUACCAUUACGUACGGUUGCACUAAAACAUAUUUUUAUAUGAGUGACAUAAAAAAAGCUUUUUUGUGUACAGCAGCGAUUCUAUAAUACUAUUUAUUGUUACCUUGUUUCAUAAAUUGUACAUUUUUUUCUUAAAUGUUGUGGAUGCCUUUUUCUAUGUACAGCAUGGGGUUUUGCUUACAAUAGGAUGAGGAUGUGUACACUGUAAUACGGCUUUAUUUGUAUUUAUAUACGUCAGAGUGAGCCCCGCCCCCUCUCCUUGGAGGUAUAUGCUUAUUGAAGAUGUACUCAAAUAUUUACCCUGCAUAUGAAUACAUACAGUAUAUGGAACCCACACGUCUAUAUAUGCACUUAGCAUUUACAUUUUUGCAUUAUUGUAGUUAGCUUGUACAUUUUUGCUGCUUUUUGCCUGCCGCUGCUUGAGAUUCUUUCCGUUGUUUUUAACCAAACUUUAAAGUAGAGCUGCACGAUGUUAAAAACACAUGCAGUUGUGAUGUUAGUUUUGAAAACUGCAAUAACUAUAUUUGUUGCAGUUAUGUCACAUUUUUCUCUGUUUUCUCCCUUCAUCACGAUGUUGCAACGAUUGUGAGUUUUAGCUAAAAUCCAGCUGAAAGUUUGGGCAUCAACAUAAGUAAAUCUUCAUUCAAUCAACCAAAUUUAAUCUAAACAUCCAGAGUUUGAAAUAUAACAGUCAGAGUCGGUUCUAUGUUAUAUGAGGCCCUAACCAGGAUUUAUUUUGGGGCCUCUUUAAUAUGGACCCCUUAUUAACACAACUGGGCUUAACUAAUGACCAACAAUCAAUUAAAUGACUAUGUGUAUAUGACAAUACAUUAUUAUUAUUAUUAUUAUUAUUAUUGAUUUCCACACUUGUGAUCAAGUUAGCAAUAAGGACUUUCAAAAUAGACUUUAUGGAGACUCUUUCUAAUACAAGCUUCAAUAUUUAUAGGUGAGAUUAUUGCAGAUGGUUCCACAUAAUUGACAGAUCUAAACCAGGCAUGAAAAACUGAUCAUGCUAGCAUUUCAAAAUAAAGUUUUUUGGUACCCUACAAAAUAAAGGUCUAAAAAUUAAAGUUAGUCCAAAAAUCACGUUCCACGUGGCAAAUGCAAAUAAAUCUUUCCUGAAAAAGGGAUUGCCUAUUCUUCCCAUAACAGAAGCGUACAAAAUAAAAGCCUCAAUAUUCAUAGGGUUGAGAUUUGUGGAUAAAUAGGUCUUACAUUAUUAAGUUAACUAAUCAGUGAUAAAACUGGAUUGUUAGCCCUUCAAGAUAAAGCUAUUACGUUCUCUUCAAAAUAAAACACUGAAGUUUUCAUUGGAAACAUGACUGCAAAUUGAGAUUCCACCUAAACAAGGCAUGAUAAAAGAGAUCAACUUUCAAAAUAAAAGUUAACAAAUGCAUACCAGAUAAGCACCAAUUGACAGUCAUGAAAGUGCGAUGACGAUUGUGAUUGAACAUAUUAUGCAGCUCUAGUUUGAAGGUAUUAUUUUAGCAAAGCACAAAUUUGCUCACCGCAUUGACUGAAUGAUGUUUUCUCUCAUGCACUCCUCCCUCAACAGCCGCAUGCAUUCAAACAGGAAACAAAGAAACAUUCCAGUCACAAACAGGCCGGGACUUCUGCAGCAUCAAUGCAUCUGGUGUCCUACGUCUCUUGAACCUUGACCUGCAACCUUUCUGACAAAGCACCUUAUUUUUCUCCUGAUCGUUUUUUGUUUUUUUUUCCCAAGGGACUUCAACUGACACUUUGCCUCUGACCCCUAAGAACUUCAACAAUAAUAAUUCUCUCAUGGCAUCUCUGCACUGCUCUCCUGCACAUCCCUUUUUUAAAAAGCUAAGCAAUAUUUAGCCAAAACUCUGCUUUCACCAGCAGGGAGUGUAUUUGUUGCAAGGCAACAAUGGUGUACUUAAAAAUCCUAAAAUCAGGAGAAGAAGGGAGCAGUUGUGGUGAUAAAAGAGGCACAAGUCCUUUUGAUUUUUGGACACUUUGGGGCUGAGUCGGGCAGGCUGCAAUGUGAGUGUCUGUAUUCUGUAUCAGUGUGUAUUCAACCAGUAUAUCCACUUCUUACAACUUCUUUUCUAUUCUGAUUAUUUCCCUUAUGUAUCAUAACAACAAUGAUGUCUCUCUUUCUCUUAUCAAAGCACAAGUCAUUGCAUAUAAAUGACAACUAUACAGAAAAAAGGAUAUAAAAAAGGUAAACGUGCAUAUAAAGGGGUAUCUUUUGUGAAGGUGUUCUGUGGAAUUAAUACGAUUAUCAUGUAUGAUCCAAGUUGCAACAAAGAGUCACAGUAGAAGUGGAAGAAAUGCAUUCUUGUUUCCAAAUAAAUAUAAACAGAAACA